UUUUUUUGGUUAUUUGAUUCAUUCACAUUUGAUUUUUUGGUUUAAGCAUGUCCCAUUCCUCGGACGAUAUUAACGACUUGUUCGACGACAUAGUACUGACCGAGGAGAAACACGCUCGUUUAGGCUACAACGAAGGCUGGAGCGAGGGUCAGGCUCAGGGAAAUAGCGAGGGCUAUAAACUUGGUUACGCUCAGGGAGUUCAAUUGGGCGAAGAGCUGGGCAGCAUUUACGGCGAGGUGGUGGCUCAUCAGCAACUGCCACAUACGGACAAGGUGAAACGAUCCUUGCAACAGCUGCGAUUGCUUAUCGAACAGUUUCCCCGCACCAACGACGAGAAGGCAGAUAUUAUUGGGGCCGUAGAAGUUAUCCGGAACACGCAUCGUCGUUUGUAUGCUCAGUUGGGCACAAAGAACACAAAGCCAAUUGUUUCAUCCUCUGAGAAAGAGGAGGUAAAGGAUUAUAGCUUCUAG